AUGGCAGAGAUAAAACAUUAUCAAUUCAAUGUCGUCAUGACCUGCUCGGGAUGUUCUGGUGCAGUCAAUAAAGUUUUGACGAAAUUAGAACCAGACGUUUCCAAAAUAGAUAUAUCCCUUGAAAAGCAAUUAGUAGAUGUAUAUACUACACUUCCUUACGAUUUUAUUUUAGAAAAGAUUAAGAAAACCGGAAAGGAAGUUAGAUCUGGCAAACAAUUGUGA